UUGUAUCGGUCUGCUCCUCCCUUCGGGAUUCAGCUGUCCGAAGGAGGUCUCGGCAAACAGGUAGUCGAGACGGCGACCCAAACAGUCUGCCUGGCCUGCACAGCCUCACAAGACUUUUCGCCGGCUCAUUUGUAUCUACUGCUUCCCAUUUGGCUGGUGAUGUCCACACAACCGCACGAUCCCAUGAAGCGGCUCUUUCAAGGCUCCCUCCUUCCUUCUGCAGAUCCGGGGAUGAAUCAGACGCAGUCAAGACAACAGCUGAUCGAGAUGGGAAUGUUCCUGAACCAAUUGGGGGUCGUCUUAUCGUCAUCCGAUCGGCAACCUACUCUUGUCGACGAGGUCAUCGAGGAGUGGCUGGAGCGACGCCCCGAGGUGGAACGGCACUUGAUGCAACUUGAAAGAAGACACUCCAUUUGCCGGAGGCAGCAAACUGAGGUCUUGGAUGGUGGAUCGUUGGAAAGUUCUCCCCGUCGCAUAGGCUCCGACAAAGCACACUCGAGGGCACCAACUUUGCCGAAGAGUCAAGAAGAGGUAGUCAGAACAAGUGGUCUGUCAAUCAGAGAAGUCAUCUCGACUGAGAUCCAGCGCUGGAUAGAGACGGUGCGUUCCGGUUUCUCUACAUUCGCCGGCUUUACUGACCUCACUUUUCUUAUAGUUCCAGCUGAUAUUGUGACUUUCGGUGGUCUGUGUUCGCCUGGUUCCCACCUUUCUGUCUACAUGCUUCUGUAUCGCAGCCUGACGGUUCAUCCGAUCUCGUGUGAAGUGAUAAAGGAUUGCUGGUUGCAAGUUCCCAUUCAUUCAUCCGAGACGAUGUGA